GUUCAAAGGUGGGUAAAAUCGCGCGGAUGACAACAUGCCUGAUACGUCGACGACACUUCGGAGAGCCGUGCUGCUCGUCGGUCUCGUCGUCGCGACGUUUCGCGUCACGCCGGUUUUCACAACGCACAGGCUGAACGUACCCCGGGUUCUGUUGCCCGUCUUCAACAACUUCGCAGUGAAUUUCACGCUGGAGGUGACGGACGGCGGUUGCUACAAAUGGUCAACCUCGCGUCUGGAUAUCAUACAACUGAUUCCCAUAAACGAGAACUUCGACAGGACAUGCUCGCCAGCGAUAUUGAUUCAGACCAUAACGAGAGACUUGACGAGGAACACCGCGAUCGUCCUCGCGGAGGACAUCAACACCGGCUACUUUCUGCGAUGCGACGUUAUAGUGGACGCGAUUUUCUCUCUGAAUCUCAUUACCACCACGAGAGAAUUAUAUAUCGAGGACAUACCUGAGGCGUUCGAGGUGCGAGCGUACGACGAACACGGAAAUGAGUUCACUACCCUGGCGGGCAUAGAAUUCGUCUGGACUAUUGGCGACGCCAACAAACAUGCGCCGUCCGACGGUAAGUCGACGAGUAAAGUGCUACGUUUCAUGACUUACGAGGAGUCACAAUACGAGAGGCCUGCUAGCAUAGCCACCUUGGACAGUGUUGGCAAGAGGGGUCACAUCACUCUCAUCGAAGGCGUCCGGACCGGCACGGCCAAGGUGUCCGUCCGGUUGCCGCACUCAGAGUACGAGUAUGUACCAUCUAUCGAACUGGAGCUGGUCGUCAUCGCCAAUCUGAUCAUCAUCCCACCGGAGAUAACGAUAAUGGCCCAAGACAGCUUCAGGUACAAGAUAAUGCACACGCGUCAGGGCCGGCUAGAGGAGAUUAGCCUGCCGCUGAGCCAGUACUACCUAGAGGCCGAGAAUCCUGACAUCCUGGAGAUCGAUAACGACCGCGACGUCGCCUUCGGGCGCGAGCUGGGACGCACGAAAGUGUACCUGCACGACAAGAACGUCCGUGAGGAGUAUCCAGUUAUCAUGCCUUCCGCCAUGGUCAACGUGCACGAGGUUGCGUACAUCUCCCUUUCUGUUUUACCGAACAGAAACUGGGGACUGGUAUUUGGUCACGUGCAUGAGAUUGUCGUCGAACUAUACGACAGCAAGGAUCACAAGUUCUACAUCGGAGAAGGUGUGGAGGUCUCCAUGAAAAUAGAUGAACAGUAUCUGGAGCCGAGAACGAUCACGCAAAACGGCACUUAUGCCGUUGUGACACCGAUCACGUGCGGAAUGACGAUCGUGGAGGCGACAUUGCGUGGCAUUAUCGACGAGCGUGGUAAGAGGAUCACCUUCGAGCCGCAGCUCUUUACCAGAGCCGAACUCACGAUACACAUUCCAGUGAAGGUUCAACCCCGCAUCUUGGCUGUUCCAUGGGAUGUCGUCAAUAAGUCCAGAUUCGACAUAAUGUUGAAGGCAAGCGGAGGAGAUGGAUCGUACGUUUGGUCCAGUAGGCAGCCCUCGAUACUAACCGUUUCGCAGAACGGCGGCAUCAAAAUUUUGUCAGUGGGCACGGCGGAAGUAGUCGUUGCAAUGACGAGAAAUCCGUACAAUCGAGACACGGCGAGAAUACACGUACUAUCGCCCGUCAAACUGAAAAUCAUCGAGUAUAAUAUGGAGGCGGCCGUAGGAGAACCGAUUCAUUUGCACGUUGCGUUGUACGGGAUAUUGAUCAAUGGGUCCGACGCCAAAGAGAUACCGUUCAGCGAUUGCAAGGAUGUUGACUUCGAGGUGCACAUUGUGGACGUUAACUUCGUGCGGAGUCACGACAAAAACGUGCAGCCAGUUGGCGCCGCGUGCGCCGUGAUAACCGUGAUGAAUUAUCGCGGGGUUGGGACGACCGACGUGACUGUCGCUUAUAACGCGAACAGCAACGACGUGAUCGAUCGUUAUUUAACGGACAAUGUCACCGUGUCGUCGUACGAGCCGCUCGCGGCAAUACACCCAGAGAGUAAGGAAACGUUACUCGCCGUAGGAGCCUCGAGGUACGUGGUGUUUAAGGGUGGGCCGUUGCCGUGGACGAACAAAUCCCAGGAUUACUCGCGAGAGAUACAUCUGUCGAACGAGGAGAUCGCCGAGGUGGCCGAAUACGAGGACUCGUUGAACGGACCGUUCGACAGAGCCGUCUUCAAGGUGAUCUGCAAAGCGUUAGGCAAAACCGCGCUGACAUAUACAGUGUCGAAUGUGCCGCUAUUCCCGAACUGUCGGCGUACUCACGCGUCGGAAACGAUCGAGAUUGUCUGCGGUAAGCCUCGAUACAUCUACCUGCAGCCAGAAUUUCGAGGCACACACGACAAGAACUGCCCGAUCAGUCAGAACACGGACAAGAUAAUUGCGCACAGUGACAAACACUUGAAAAUCGCUGUGAUCGUCAAGGACCAGGACGGCAAGCGAUUCGAUAAUAUUACGAGCUUGAACAUCGAGUGGAAUCUGAAGCCGUCGGGCAGCGGCACCGUGGAAAUUCAAUCCAGCAUAAUGGAAGAGACCUGGACGGAUAUGAAUGUGAUUCUACCAAAGAGUCACUAUCAAUACAUUAUUUUCAAGAAGCAUCACGGUAUUCUUACGAUAUUCGCGACUGUGACCGGUUAUCAGAAGGUCGUUCUCAACAAGCUAAGAAUCACGCCGGAAUGGCCACCGUUUGCCAUCGAGAACGAGAGAGGCGGAAUAGAAACUCCACUCAUAGAAGCUUCCGUAGAGGCAACUCUGGUCAAUGACACUAUCGUCAGCCCCGAUAAAUUGAUAAUUCUUAAUGAUUCGAGCAUGAAGUCGUAUCUGCAGGUCAGUCAGGGCUCCGGCUACUAUGAAUUUGUCCUCAGUUCGAAGGACAUAGCAGAUAUUCGAUACAUGGAUACGACAAGGACAAUCAGUGUGACACCGAGAAAGCCGGGUGUGCUUCAAAUAGGGCUGAUGGAUCUCUGUCUACCCUCGAAGUUGGCGGAAGUAUACGUAGAGGUUCAACAACUCGCGGCGAUUGAAGUGGACACUGUAGAUAAGAUCGAGAAAGGAAAAUGCGUAACGGCUGCGUUGAGGCUUUACGACACGAACGAUCACGUCGUAAGAUUGCCAUCUCUUGGCGCGCUAGAUUUUCGCGCGGAGAUCGACAACGAGCAUAUCGAGAUCAAGCAAUUGUCCGCUAAUGAACAAGAUACCGCGCCUCAUGAGCGUAUACUGUAUAAGAUCUACGGCCUGUCGGAGGGCGAGAGUCAGUUGACGUUCGUGAAGACGGGCGAUCGCGAGAUACGCAGUGAGCCAGUCACCCUGCAGGUGUUUGUCCCGCUGCGGAUACAGCCAAGGAAUCUGACGAUACUGAUCGGCACUAUUUAUCAGAUGCAAACAGUCGGCGGUCCGCCGAACGCCGAGAUCGAAUUCUCGACGGAGAGCGGAGAUAUCCUACGCGUCGAUCGUAAUGGAAUCCUCGAAGGGAAAUCGGCAGGUUGGACCGGUAUCCACGUGCGCGCUGUUGGACUCGACGCCAAGGGUAACAAGGUAGUCUACUCGGAGGAUCGUGCUGACAUUUACGUGCUGCACCUCGAGGGAGUAAAGAUUUCGACCCCGAUAAAUAGGGUAAAAGUGGGCGCAACGUUUCCUCUCUGGGCAUUUGGUAUCCCCGAUUAUCUGACGCCGCUCAUCAUCGGUUCUAUGCAGCUGCCGUUGAGUUUCGCAUGGUCAUCUAGCGACCCUGGCUUACUAACCCUGCACAACAUGUACGAGGGCACUGGCAUUAACAUUAGAUACCAGAAUCAGGUGUCACUGAGGGCCAAGACCUUAAGCCCAGGGGUAGCGACAAUCUAUUUGAACGCCACCGUACCAUGCAAUAUGCUCUCUGGCUUCAGUAAGAACGACAUUGUGUACACCACGUUUGUGAAGAUCGAAAUCUUCGAGGAAUUGCGCCUAACUAAUCCACCAACGUCGAGAGGCUCGAUAGCAACGGUACUAAUGUCACCGAACUCUGUUCUGCGGUUGCAAACUAAUCGCGACAGGCAUGGCACGACGACUUACAAAAUCUUGUCGAGUACGCACGGCGAGGAAUCCGAGGACCUGCGCGCCUUGACGACCGCCGCGAAAGCCGUGACCGUGGAGAAAAAUGGAAUCGUGAAAUCCGGUGAAAACUACGGUCAAACCAUUAUUUCCGUCACGAAUACAGAAGCGUACAACUUGAAACAAUCGUUGACAGUGGCUGUUGAGGUCAAGCCCAUUCAUUAUAUGAUGCUCUCCUUGAAAUCCAAGUUGCGCAUACGGAACGGCGAGGAGCUGAACAUGCUACCGAAGGGAAUGGAGUUGGAUUACAUCAUUGAGUAUUACGACAAUGUGGGAAACAGAUUCCAUGCAGCCGAAACGAGUGUUAAAGCUAUGCUGAAUCGCGCUGAUCUCGCAUCGUUCGCCGCAGGCACGGAUAAUGUGAUCACCGCCAAGUUUCUGGAGAAUGGCGAGCUGGUUGUGAAGACCUAUAAUGAGAAACAACCCCAUGGAAUGUUUGACUAUGUUCAUAUGAUGAUCGGCGACAUCAUAUUCCCAACAAAGACCACCCUGACUAUCGGCGAUGUAAUAUGCUUCUCCAUGCCGCUCCUCUCAUCCGAGGGUGAUCCAGGAUACUGGCAGUCCUCCGCGCCCGAGAUAUUGUUGGUAGAUCCUGUCACGGGUAUAGGUCGCGCACGAAAUGUUGGACGUGCCGUUAUAAAGCAUAGCCUCGCGACGCACGUGCAGAAUGAGAUAGAGGUCAACGUUCUACCAGUCGCAUGGGUAUCUGUAGUUUCUCUGAGAGGUAGAAACAUCACCGGCACGGAAACUUUCAGUGUGCCACUCGUGCUGAAGGGUAAAGACGAAGAGAUUAAAGAGAACAACGUAUUGGCAAGAGGUCUAGGCGGUUGUCGAACAUUAUCGUCAUUUACGUUGAACACGUUUCCCUACACGUGUAACGCCCAGUUUGUUUCUUCGAGUUCGUCAAUUAAUGUAAAAGAUUUAUUCGUCGUGAAACCACGAUUUGAUAUCGUGACAGGCUUUUAUUACUGCGAUAUCAUACCGAUGAGUUUUCCGACUAUAGCCGCCAGUGUAUUAGAAAGUCGUAUUCAAAUUAGCGUCCAGAGCCGGGACAUUGAAUCGGCAGCUAUAGAAUUCGCUUAUUUGCCACCUGUAUAUGUCGACGCUAAAGAGAUCAUGUUUGUCACCAGUCACAGUUCUGGUGCACUAUCGGCGAUGUUUGAGGUGUACGGCUUGGCAUCGGUGUUACAAUAUCUUACUAUUGACGUACCAGAUGGUGUGGCUGUCUCUUGGCAAUUUGUUUCCAAAACUACAAUGCAAUACAAAUUACGCUUAAUGCACAGUCAGGACGAGGUUCAAGGACAAAAAAUAUUCAUUGCAAAUGACUUAACCAAGCAAAAUGUAUCUCUUCACAUACGUGUGUCAAGGUACACUCAGUUCAUCCCUAUGUCUGGAGUACAAUGGGUGAAUUACAUGUAUUUCCACAGAUACACACUGGGAACGUUUGCCGUUAUUGUGAUCACAAUUUUUUACGUCUGGAAACAUAAAGUGGCAGCUGUCGACUUAACAAUUAGAAAUAGAACCAUUUUUGCUGAUAAAUCUCCACCGAUGAUAAAAAAACCAAUAUGUACUCCGGGUACAACUCCGAUCACUCCGGUUACUCCAAGUACCAGCCCACGAAUUUCGCCAUUAAGACCUUUUUCAGCGUUCGAGACAUCUGUUUACGGUGAUCCACGUAGUUUUGGUACGCCGUAUAUUAGAAGAAGAGAUAUAUGUUAAAAGAAAAGGAUAUGUUAAACAAGGGAGUAGAAUCGGAUAAAAUAGCUCUCUGAAUUAUUGACGAAGAUUCGUUACAAAAUAACAUCCGUUCCGAAUUAAUGCUAAGAAACAUUAUUUAAGUUAAGAGGCUCAAUUUCAUAAGAAAAGUUUGACUUUGCCAACAUAAAACGACUGAUACGGAUACUUAACAACCGACGCUUUCAUUUUGAUUAUUUUUAUUCAUUUAUAAAUGUACACACACACACACACACACACACACACACACACACACACACACACACACACACACACACAUAUAUAUAUAUAUAUAAACAUUGCAAAAUCGUGCCUUAAAGUUAAAUACUUUUUUUGUUUGGAAACAAACAGUUCCAUUUUUUAAGUAGAACAAACUCGAUUUUUCUAAAGUGUUACAUUUGUAUCAUUGUGUUUAACAUAAUAUACAUGUAUGAUAUUGUAUGUAUAUAUGACUAUGAUAUUUGUGUUUGCGUGUGUAAAGUAUGAAAGAUUAUAAUAGUAUGUUGUUAACAUUGCCAUAGUACACAAUUCAAUAUGUACUGUUUUCAUUUUAAUAACAAUAUAAAUAGUUCCUAGUCAUAAAAUUAUAUAAAAUUAGUUUACACAAAUAUUGUAAAGUAACAGCCAACUUGUUCAAUGUAUGCGAUAUAUUCCAUAUCACAAAAAAAAAUCCUUAUUUUUUUAUCUU